AUGGAGUUUGCGCUCACUUUUGGCGCGAUUGGUGAUUUUAUUGCAGUGAUUGAACUCAUAAAAAAUGUCAUCCUCGCAUUGGAUGAUUGUCGCGGCUCAGCAAAGGAAUAUCGAGAUGUGGUCUAUAAUCUCGAAAUCCUCGAGAAGACGCUUCAGCAAGUUGCCGAACUCUACCAAAGCCAAAGUUCUGACAGUCAUUUCGGCGACUUACGAGCAAUUGCCUUGCGCAGCUUGCAGCAGAUUCGCUUAUGUCUCGAUGAAUUAAGCGACAAGAUUCUGAAGUUCGCGCCCAGUCUCGCAAAUGGAAGAACAAAGAACGUCUUCAAGGACGUGGCCAAGAAGAUACAAUGGAAGCUAGAGGAGAAGGACAUUGACAAAUUUCGGGCUGAAAUAAUGGGCUAUACAAUGUCACUGAACAUGCUACUAGAGGUUACAACAGCGUAA